AUGUACCGCAAAUACAAGAAACGUGGCCAGAAGCCACUGAAUACAAUCGAUGAAAAUAGGUCAAUCAAGAUACCACGUCCGGCGGACAACGAAACCGGCGACAGAACGGAUGUUUCUGUGACGUCUUUUGGCAGUGGCAGCGAGGAGAACAUACCGGCCUCUCAGGAGCAUACGCAACGCUUUCUAUCACAGCACAGUGCCAUCCUGGCCGCAACUCUGGGACGCACACAGUCCUCCAGCCGGAACCCGUUGAGUCUGUCGCGGCAGCCAAACAACUUUUUCGAGCUUGUCCUGAUACGAGCCGGGGUGCAAUUGGAUCAGGGGGACACCCUUGUGCUGUCCUGUGACCAUGUCUCGAUAGUUUCAAAGUUGCGGGAAAUAUUCAUGAGUGCCCCGUCCUAUGCCGACAAGGUGGAGACCUUCAAGUCGGGUCUCAACACUGCCAUGGCGCCCAAGUCCAAGUUGUCGCAGAAACUUCUGACAGGCUGCACUGUGGAUGCAGCUGGAGAGGAGCAGAUAUAUCAGUCGCAGAACAGCAUGUUCAUGAACUUUCUGAUGAUCGAUUUUAUGCGGGAUCCCUGCCUGGAGGUGCUCCUGAACCGAAUGGAAGAGGUGGCCACAUCGGAUCAUGUUAUCACGGGCCAGGGUGCUAUUGCAAUGCCAUUGCUGCCUCUGAUGCUGGCCCAGAUGCGCUAUCUGUCUCUUGCCCACAAGGAGCAGAUCUAUCAGCGCAUCGAGGGUAUCUUCAACAGAGCCACCGACUCGUCUAAAUUGGAUAUAAUCAGCAAUGCCGAGUUUGUGCUCGAUGCCAGCAUGCACGAUGCAUUUGUCGAGCUGCUCUUUAUCAACUAUUCCUGCAGCGAAGAGCUCUUCCAUAUGAUCACAGUGCACACAUUGAGCAACCUUUCGCUCUCAGCCAAGACCCAAGACAAGCUGCGCCUGCGCAUUCUAGAGUUCACAACAAGUGGCGCCUGUCCAGACACGACAUUGCCGCACCUUAUACGGCUUUUGCUGAACAGUCUCAAACUGGACACAGAUGAUAGUGUGCGGGAACUGGUUUCCACACUGCGCGAAAUAUUUAACUGGCGUCACAGAGCUCUUAAUGAAAGUAGCGCACCGGCGGCAGCCAACGAUAAGAAGUCGCAAUUGGACCUUUUUGGCUUUCUGGAACUAGGCCUAAUACGCUCCAAGCGAUUCUAUCAAAUGUGGCAGAGACUAAUAGCGAGUUUGCCCGCAGACGGAUUCACUGCCCUGGACCUAAUAAUGCUUUUGUUGCUGAUUCAUGUGAAUGAAGAUAACUCCUUGUACAUUGAGAAUAUUCUUCGCCGUCGCAUAAAGCUGAACCAAAUCUCAGUAAACAUUCUAGAGGGCGUUAAGCUGCACUAUCCGCAUAUUUUGGAGCAACAUAUUAGCACGCUGAUGCACAUACUGCACGACUUUAUGUGCGAGAAGAACGUAGCUGUCUCAGAGUUUGCAAAAUCCUCGUACAGCGUGCUCUUUAAGAUUUUUACCUCAAUUCAGAAGAAUAUUCUGAGGAAGCUGCUGGAGCUGGCCUGUGACAAGUCGUCCCAGCAUCUAACCACAAUGGCAUUGCAUUUGCUGCGCGAGCUGCUGCGCAAGAGCUUCAAGGAUGUGCAGAACUGUGCGCCUCUCUUCCUGCCAAUGCUAGAUCGAUUGAGUGACCUAACACUGCCGCAGACUCGCCUGGCCAUGGAAAUCCUGUGCAAUUUGGCUUUUCCCGAGCCAAAACUACCCGAGUCAGGGCCGCUGCAGGAGCAAGUCGAAAUGGUGGUGAAAAAGCAGCUGAUAAAUCGAACCGAAUAUGUGAAGAAGCAAGGCAUCAUUGGCAGCGUGCAGCUAAUAAAUGCCAUUUCAUGCACUGAGAAGAAGAGUUUGGACGACGAGGACGAGGAUGGGAACUUCUCCCCCGUUGUGGAUUCCAUAGACGGUCUGCCCGACGGUCGCCCCAAAGUGGCAGCCAAUUUGAUAACUCUCACCGAAUCAUCCAUCAUGAACAGUGCUGAGUCCCUGGCGCUGUUCUACGAAGAGUUGGCCACGGUUAUUUCUCAGAGAUGUCCCAUAUCUUCAUACUGGAACGAUAGAGGUUUCACCAUGUGGCUCUGUGAGCUGAUGACCUUUCGCUUUCAGCAGAGCUUCGCUACCGAGAACACUCCAAAGCCGAUCAAGGGUAUCCAGUUGGAAUAUCAAAAGAAUAUCAACGAGCUGGACGAAUCGAAUGUUAACACGGAAUCGGAGGUUCUCAGCAUUGGCAUAAAUAUAUCCGAGCUUGUCUUGUCGCCCAAAAACGAUGCCACUGAGUCGAUAUAUGUGAUGACGCCGCUGUUUUACCUUGUGCGAAUGCUACACCAGAAUAGCUACCGUGGCAGCCUGGAGAUGAUCAAUGCCUUGCUUGGUUGCGCAAUUGUACUGCCCUCGUUUUUCGAGGACGACAACUACAUGGCCAUCUUCGACAACUAUGACGGGGAGCAGCAGAAACAUAUACUCAGCAUCUAUUUCCAUACUAUCAACUGGAUAAGAGUCACAAUCAGUGCUUUCGCCACUCAGAUACAUCGUGGCACUCGCGAACGAGUGCUGCUACGUCUGGGCGAAUUAAUACGCAUACAGCAGAGGGUCAAGUCGCUCUUGACCCAUGCGCCUGCUGACUUUGUAGCUCCUCCAUAUCAGUUCCUCGACUAUUCAAAGCAGAAAGUCACUCUCCAGAAACGGCAGGGCGGCAAACCCCCCGGAGCCAAGGCCCAUGAGACCCCAAUGGAGGAGGACGACACCUGUAAUCACACCACACUGGCGGACUUUACCAUCAAGGUGGCUCCCUGCAAGACCAACAAAACCAAAAUAGACUUUGAGCAACUGUACGGACCACGGGAGAAGUACAGACCCAUGGAUGUUCGCAUUUUGGUGUUGCUGGAGAAGCAAGAGCUAUCCUUGAACUAUCCGCUGGAGGAUAAGGAAAAAGGAAACGCCUUAGGGCUGCUGGAGCUACGUUUCCUGCUCGAAGAUGUGGUCCAGAAACUAAAGGCCACAGUCCAUGACCAGCAGGACUCGCUUGAUUCAGUUUUUCUCCAUCCGCAUCGUGUCAGUCCAGAGAGCUUUAUACAUGAUAUAUGUAAAUCGAUGGUUGAUUUAAACAAUCACCUAAACGUCCUAGCCAAAGCUAUAGAUGAGGAGUUGGCUAAAGUCAACAAUGUGUAUAGCAAUUUGGAUCUGUUCAAGGAACGAUUCAACUACAUCAAGACCUGCUUUGGCCUAUGCAUUCAAUACUUUGCCUUGUACUUCUCCUGGAGCGGAUGGAGCGAUGAGACGCACGCCAAAGAGCUGCACGAAUCCCUGUACAUAUUUCACACAUCACAUCUUCCGAGUCAGGAGGCCCGGAAAUAUAAAAAGCAAACUAUUCCCCAACUGGCCACCUUGAAUUUCGACUACUUUUUGAAGUACGAGAAAUCGGUACUAAACCUGAGUACGGCUGUUCAACUGCACCGACUGCUGUGCAGUCUGCGGAAACUGGGAGCCACUGGGGACGAUGCCAGUCAGUCGAGGUCCCGGCUAGCCGAAGAUACACGCGUACUCUGCGACAAGUUGCUGCGCCGUAAGUGGUUCCACUUCUCAAGCAACCUGGACAAAGGAGCCCAGUGUAAUAUAUAUCUAGAUGAGCUGGUUAAGGGUUUCCUCAAGGACUCUACCUUUGCGCGGCAGAACGAACUUCUGAAUGAGCUAAUCAAGGAGUGCAAGAUACUAAACACAAAGGACAAGGCACUGAUUUCCUUUCCCAACUUCAAGAAAGCCAACUUUCCGUUGCUGUUUCGUGGAUUGUGUGAGGUGCUAAUUCACUCGCUGAAUGCUGAACUGAGCGGGAACAAGGAAGGAGAUCGCCUGAGGCUGUGGGAGUCAACGGUGGACUUGCUGAAUGGAUUGCUCAAUAUAGUGCAGCUUGUGGAGCAGCCCCGUAAUUUCGGGCUAUUCCUCAAACAUUCACAGCUAUUUCUGAAGCUUCUGCUGCAACGUGGCGUGUCCGUGCUGGAGACGAUAGUGCGUGAGGAUCCAGAGAGGCUGACCAAGUUUCUCCACGAGCUGCAGAAGGUGACCAGGUUCCUGCACCAGCUAUGCUGUCAUUCGAAGUCCAUCAAAAAUACCGCCAUCAUAAGCUACAUUCCCAGUCUUCGCGAAACCAUAGAGACGCUGGUAUUUCGAGUCAAGGCUCUCCUGGCGGCCAACAACUGUCACUCCGCCUUCCACAUGGGCAAUAUGAUCAACAGAGACCUGCAUGGGGACUCUAUCAUCACGCCAGUGGGCUCCUUCGUCAGCGAGGAGAACAGCGACGAAGAGCUGCCCGCAGACGAUACCAGUGUGGACGAGACAGUAAUAGGAGCGGACAUUGGCAUCAGCAACAUUAGCUCCGGCACCAGACCGAGCACCAGUGGAACUCGCAGCAAGUCCUCGUCGCGCAGUAAAUGUUUCUAAAUAUUGUUAAGCUUUAAGUUUCCAAAAAUAAAGCGUAAUUUAUUUUUGA